AGGUCGGACUGCAAUGAGUGGACUGAGGUCUCCUGGGCUGCUGGGGCUGGUACUCUUAAUGCUCUCAGCAGGAUAUUGCAAAGAGAAAACCGACUCUGGAGAUUUGAAGGACAAGCAAAGUCUCUUAAAUCUGAUCAUGGAGAUCAUUCAGGAACUGAAAAGGUACCACCUGGAGAAGGACAGUGGGAUGCAGUACCUCUCCAAGCAUGAUUACACCCUGGACCGAAGGGAAGUGGCUGACUACGGAGGAUACCAGGACGAGCAGAGAGUCGAAAUCGUUCCCAGAGAUCUGAGGAUGAAAGACAAGUUCCUAAAGCAUUUAACAGGUCCACUCUACUUCAGCCCAAAAUGCAGCAAACACUUUCAUCGGCUUUAUCACAAUACCAGGGACUGCACCAUUCCAGCAUACUACAAAAGAUGUGCCAGGCUUCUUACUCGGUUGGCAGUGAGCCCGAUGUGCAUGGAAGGAUAAAGUAAUGUUACUCCCAUGACAAGAAACACCAAGAACCAAGAGAAGUGCCUUGGAAACCAACAGGGAAACAGAACUUACUACCUUUUAGCAUACUCCAUUGUGAACAAGAGAUUUAUUUUUGCAGACCGACAGACGACUCCCCGUAAUUCUCCUACCAUGUGUUUUGUAUGGCAUCAACAGUUUGCAGGUUGACAUUCUUUACAGUAGCAGAACUGCCAGUGGUACUCAGUGCUCCAUCCCUCAGAACACACUUUACAACCGAUGUGUAAUGCUGCCAAAAAUGACGUAAACACGAAUAUUUCACCAAGAAAGUUGAUGUUCUAUUGCUUAA